AUGGAAGCCAACGAAGAUCGUUCUGAGGCGUCCCCCAUUUUCGACGCGUUCGAUAUUGACUUGGUGGUCAAGGUCGUUAUGCACACGAUUCUUAGCCCGUUCUUCACGUUCUUCAUUCCGGUAUUUUACUACUUCCAGGGGAUCCGAUGGGAUAACCCAGUCCUGGUGGGAUCGACCGCAUAUGUCAUUGCCGUGUCCGCUUUUUGGUUCCUGAAAUGGUGUUCUACGUUGUAUAGGAACCAAGGGAGCCUGCUCUUUGCUUCUCCCCGUCUGGAUUGGGGCGAGCAGAUUGUCGUGAUCACAGGUGGUGCAUCGGGAAUUGGAGAACUGAUCGCCAACACUUGUGCUGUCCGCAACGUCACGGUCGUCGUAUUGGAUGUCAAGCCGAUCGUUACCGAAAAUUACAACAUCAGCUAUUACAAGUGUGAUGUGUCCAACUGGGAAGAAGUGCAGGCGGUUUCAAAGAGGAUUAUUGAGGAGAUUGGCCACCCAACAAUUCUCAUCAACAACGCGGGUGUUGUACAAGGAAAGCUGCUGGUUGACUUGACACCCGAUGAUAUCAAACAGACAUUCUCGGUGAAUACACUUGCCCACUAUUGGACCCUAAAGGCAUUCUUGCCGGGAAUGAUCGAGCAGAAGAAAGGUCAUAUUGUCACUGUGUCUUCGGUGGCGGGUAUGGUUGGUAUGGCUCAGAUGACCGACUACAAUGCUUCAAAGGCCGCUCUCAUUUCCCUCAACGAAUCGUUGCGCUAUGAGCUGGAUCACAAGUACAAGACUCCAGGAAUCCGAACCACGCUCCUAGUUCCCGGGCAUAUUCUCACACCUUUGUUCUCGAAAGCGGGUAUCCCGACGCAGUGGUGGUACCGUUUCUUGGUGCCGAGCUUGCCUCCUGUGACUAUUGCAAAGGCUGUAAUUACGGCCCUGGACGAUCAAUAUUCGCGCACCAUCUACCUACCCUUCUACGUGAACUUUGUACCUUUCCUUGGGUUGAUGCCGAGUUUCGUCAGGGACAUCGGUCAAUGCCUCUCUGGAUGUGAUUAUAUCAUGGACGGAUUCGUCAAGGUUUCUGGACGUCGUGCGGAGGAGGGAUCAGCUGCUGUCGCGCUGGAGAAGUCCUGA